CACCAAUGAACUGCCAGCGUUUUCUACAUAAUUUUCAUUUGUGCAGCGACGCAAGUGUGGAGAGGCGCAUAGAUCUACAUUCUGUAGCCUACCACCAGUAGCUGGAAUUUAUUUCGAGUCUGAAUCGUUUUUCGACUUUCAGACAAGGUGUGGGUGAUAUAGACUUAGAGCCUUUUACUUCAGUUGUAAACUCAUGCCAAGUAGGAGGAAUGACGAAAACAGUGACCUCAUAAGAUUAUGCACCUCUGGUUUUGUAGCCUGAGUGGUGUCGACACACUGGAGAAGCCCUCGUUUUACCAUUGCUCUAGGAUUCUCAACAACUAACAUUCAAGGUUUUGUAUCAACGUUGUGAACUACUGCAGAACUUAUAGCUUUAUUAUACGCAUAAUACAAGGCUGGCAAAUGCUUAAUAGUUCUAUUGUUGGUUGUUAUAGUUGUUAGUUGAAGUUAGAAGUUGGAAUAGCAUAAUUUUCGAAGAAACGCUGGGAGUUGUGGCACCAGGAAGAUCAACAAGAGGAUAUUGUGAGCUGAAUCGUUUCUGGCCGCGUCCUAGGCUCUCGGAUAAAGGAGGCAAUUUCCAACAUAUCAGGCUGACGUCAUCCAGAGGAAUUAAUGCCGUCACAAUGACCAACAACACUCCUCGUCACAUGUGGAAGACAGUAAUUGUGACUGUCCUCUUCAUGCUCGGCUCGUGCGAUGGGACAUGCCUAAGUCCAGGCAGCUUGACGAUCAUUAAUGUGAAGGAAAAUACUCCUCUCGGUGAGAUAAUCAACGAUUUAGCAGACAUCACCGAUACCAUAACCAUAGACUCGGGCAACGAAUACGGCCUUUUCGACAUCAUCAACGGAAGCCUAAUCGCCAAUCGAACGUUCGCCCUGGACGGAAAGGAAAACGAAGACCAUCUUGAUUCUGUACACGGACGACUAUCCUCCAGUCUUCAACGAGAGCCAUUACACUGUCUACCUUGACGAGGAAACACCUGUGAACAAACUGAACGCAACGGUUCUUCAGGCGGAUGACGAUGAUUGUUUGACUCAAAACCUCCUUUAUAAUCUCGAGGACACACCUGGCAGUUCUGGUUUUAACAUCGCACAAGACGACAGGCUAUCAGCAGUGACGGAACUGGACUUCGAGACAAAAUCCAGCUAUCUGCUAAAUGUGAUGGCACUUUCUAAUGAUGGAAGCAGCGCAUACAAAACGGGCUACACUCAGAUGGAGAUCAUUGUGCGUGACAUAGACGAUAAGCCUCCAGUGUUUGACGUCACUGAGUACAUGGUGGAGUUCCCGGAAGGGGAGCUUCCUCCCAGUUAUAUGAAUAAGACGACACCACCAAUAGCCGCAAGGGACGGAGAUGUAGGCCUGAACGUCACUCUCAACUAUACUGUCAUGUCCACUUACCCUGAGCUUCAGCUGAGCAUUGAUGUGUCGAGCGGGGAGGUGGCAGUCCAUGAACAGCUCGACAGAGAAACUACAGCAUUUUAUACUGUCAUCGUAAAGGCUACCCAGUCAGACAACGAAGACAUGACAGCAACAGCAACCUUGACUGUGAAGGUCAAGGACAUCAAUGACAACCGUCCUGUGUUUUCCCCGAACUCCACUGAGCUCACCGUCCCGGAGGAUGCAACAAGUGGGCUCUACCUCACUCUGGUCUGCGCAACAGACGACGAUGAGGGAAAGAACGCAGAGCUAUAUUACGUCUUGGCCGACAACUUAAAUGGAGCUUUUGGCCUGGAGCGUGACGUAGACGGGAACACCUGGCUAAUAGUGAACGAAACGUCAUCACUCCGGGGACAUGACGUCUUGAUGGUGCAGGUGGAGGCACGAGAGAAGGAAGCCCCCGCCCCGGACAGUCCCGCCUGUGACGACAGCGUGAACUGUACUCUGCAUGUGUCCGUCACCGUGAAAGAUGCAAACCUGAACGCUCCAGUAUUCAUUCAACCUCGAUAUGAAUUCGGCGCCAUGAAUAACGGAACCUUGGAUCUUGGACAGGUCAAUGCAACUGAUUCAGACAAAGGUCGCAACGCUGAGGUCACGUACAACUUGACCUCUGUGAACAAUGACCCAGAUUGUUCAAAGGUCAAGGUCGACCCCACAACAGGGAAAGUCACGGCAUCUGGCACAAUGACGCCGGGACAUGUGUGCGUCUAUCUGGCAAGAGGCUGCGACAACCCGGAGGAUAUAGCUACAAGGCGAUGUUCAAGCGUUCCUCUAGUGGUCAGAGUGGCUGAGACAACUCCAGGUCAAAUUGCAACAGUGAUUACUUAUGACGUCAACAUUCGGGAGAGUCAGCCUAAAGAGACGGUGGUCAUUUCGCUACCGGUGAUAGGCCUACAGUCGGAUACUCACGAGUUUAUGGUCAGAAAUAGGAGUCUAGAGACGACUGGUGAACUGGACAGGGAGACUAAAGACUUCUAUAACGUCACUCUUUACGUAGGAGCCCUGAGAACAACUCCUGCCUACAUAGUGUCAGUCACAGUUGAUGACGUCAACGACAACGCCCCUAUGUUUGUGUCACAUGAUCGUAGCCUCUCUCUGGAAAACCAAAAUGUCGGUGACGUCAUUCUGCAGCUGAAUGCAACCGACGCAGAUACCGACCAGAAUGCUGAGUUACAGUACGACCUCCUUUCGGGCGGAGACUGGUUCCAGAUCGAUGAAAGUACCGGUGCCGUCUCGCUCACGGCGCUGCCCCCGGAGGAGUUCUCCGAUGUCCCGCUCGCUCUGACAGCACGCGUGCGUGAUUCGGGAGUGCCGUCACUGCAGGACGUGUCCACCAUACAGGUGACCUUGACAGUCGAUAAUGCUACGUCACAGAUUCGGCUUCCGGUACCCCCACAGCAACUGCUUGAUGACAAACCAGGACUGACAAGCAAAAUGUCGGACUUGCUUUCUGUUUCUGUCAGCGUUGAAAGCAUUGUGAACCUAGGAAAAGUACCAGAACUGGGAUCAAUUGUGAACAUCAAAGCGACUGAUGCAGAUGGAAACGUCUUAAGCACGCCAGAGCUGGAUGCGAACCGACAACACAGUCGCGUGAUCAGCAAGCUGACCAAGGACACCUCCAUCUACGACAACACCCUGAGCCAUGGGCCCAACAAACACUCCAACUCUAACGGCAGCUCCAACAACAACAACUACAACAGCGACUACAACAGCUUUUCUAACAGCGCCAACAACGGGUCGGUGGCGUCCGCUUCGAACGGCGGGCCCAACGGUUUGAACAGUUUCGUCAAUAUGGCUUACGUCAGAGACGAAGAUGAGACUCAAACCCAAACCCCUCAGGCAGUUUUGGCAUCACCCGACGACGUGGAAGUGAAAGAUGCACAUGGCAAUUCUGACAAUCCGUACUCUGAAAUCGCUUCCGGAGACCAGGAGAGGGUCACUCACUUCGGCGCUGACAUUGCAGGAGAGAACGCGAGCUCCAUUCCAUCUCCAGUGUUCAAGUCAAUCAUUAACGUGGGCAAUGCAGCAGCGACAGCUAACGAUACGGCACAGAAAGAAGCACCUGAAGUCGUGUACGUCGCGGAAAUGCCUCGUGAAUCAUCUGGGGCGUCAGAUGAGGAGGACGGGGUGUACGACUCCCCCAAAAAGGGCAGAAAUAACAGCGUUAGGAGUAGUGAGGCUGACAGUGGGCACCAUGAUGAAGACAACAACGAUAACGCAAAAAACAAUCAAGAGGAAACACCAGUCUCCUUGUAUGCUAAUGUUAUUUCCGAGCUGAAUAAAGGUGUAGAUGAAAACGCCAUUUACUCCGUGCCUGCUAGGCGGGCUUCUUCGCGGGAAGAUGAACCAAAAGAUGUGGAUAUCAUGGGUCCAAAGCAACAUAACCCCCCACCUUCGCCACCGCCACUUCCAAGUUCGCUAAUCUCUUCCUCGCCUUUGGAUUCUCUUUCUCCAGUGUCUUCAACGAGUUUCUCCCCAGAGCAGAGUGACAAUAGUGCAGUCGAGACCGACAAUCUUCCCCCUGUAGAACCCGAACCAGAUUAUGCCAAAAAAGUUCGUUUUUCAGACGGACUGGCCACUCCUGAUGAAAUAAAGACAAACGACACGCCCAAAGCCACAGAUGUAGACACAGACGUCACAGCUGUAGACACAGACGUCACAGCUGUAGACACAGACGUCACAGCUGUAGACACAGACGUCACAGCUGUAGACACAGACGUCACAGCUGUAGCACCAGAAGAUAGAGAGACGAGAGAAGACUCCGCAACAAACCAAAACUUCUUCAACAACAGAGAGGAUGAAAUAACUGCGUUCUGACCGCAAAAAAAGGACAGGAAAGUACACUCUAACCUGUCCAAAACGACCACCCAUUGUCGAGAAGGCAAGUGGCCAUCUUAGACAGGUGGUGCUCUUUGACAGUAUCAUCAUAACACAGAAAAGAAAAACAAGGGGGUUGUAGGGAGUGGUUGUUUGUAAGGGUGAUUGUCUUGGUCAGGUGGUCAUUAUUGCAGGUUUGACUGCAAUAAACCCACCGCUUUCAGGCGCCCUGUGUAGACACGACCAACCAUCAAAGCUUCCAACGUGAAAGAGUUUAUCGCUGAAAGCUGUACUAGACUACAUUUUUUCGAUUCUUAUGACAAGAAAUAAUUGUUAAAAUAUUUUAAGAUGAGUUUUGAUCGUUUUGAACACGAUUUUAAAAGAUAAAAAUCCUCGAUUAUAGCAUAAUAAUUAUUAUAUGAUGUAAAUAGUAGACCCCCAUGCAUACAUAUUAUUUUCACAGAUUAUGAUCACCACUCAAAACAUGCAUAAUCACAAAAGCGUCUAUGCUGGUCUACACACAACGAUGUCGACGCAUCUUUUUUUAAAAUACCCAAUGCAAGGGCGCUUUCUGGCCAUUCAACGACGCUUGGAGACGCGCUGUUUUUUUUUCGGCUCUUAAAAAAAAAGGAAAUAUAACUACGUAAUCAUUCAGAUCUUUCAAUUUUGUUUUCUUCAUCUGAAACGUAUUACGCAGGCAACAACAUGCAUAUCACGAAA